AUUGAGAUCAAUACACAACUCCUGUUGUUGUUGGCUAUACACCAUGGCCGAGGAAGCCUCUCCUGAGAAGACCACCGCGGAGGAGUCUUUUCUCUCACAACCGAACUCCGAUGCCCAAGGCCAACUCACCGCGGCAGUCGACGAGCUCCUCGACCAACUCCAGAGCAAAUUUGACAAUGUGUCGAAAGAAAUGUUUGGCAAAUUGGACGACAUGACCCGCCGCCUAGACGAACUAGAAGCCUCAUUGACAGCAUCGGGAACCGAAUCGGCAUCCGCAACUCCCACUCAAUAAUGGCCGGCUUGUUUAUUGUACACUCGCAUUACACAGUUGUAGGCGACGAAUGAGCGUUACUCCGCAUGCAUACAGUGUUGCUGGUCAUGCUACUCGUAUCUUUCACCUGCCCACGACCCUUACAGCUUCAGCUUUCUUUUGAUGUUUUUACAAAGAUACCCUCCGUCUCAAGACGACAAAAC